GGCAAAAACAAACAAACAAAAAAACAACAACAAAAAAAUAAACAACAACGAAAAAAAAAACACACAAAGGAUAUAAAAAGCGUUGAAAGGAGAAGGUGCUCAGUGUCUGGGAUCUCAGUUGUGGAAAUGUUGUGUUCAGGGAGGGUCGACUUUGAGCUGACAUUGAGAAUGAGGAUCUGUGCUUCUUGUAACAUCACCGGACGCUCAUGGUAGACGGAGCUGCUCCUCUCUCUGACUCUUUCCCCCUGUCCUUCAGCACCACAGCAUUGGACAGCACCAGGCAACCAGACCCACAUUCACCUUUCCCCUCAGGAUAGCUGUUUGCUUCACUUGACUUUAUGGGGACAUUUUGCACUGGUUUGGACAAGUGAAAUUACAAGUGUUCGUCUUGAAGAGGAACCAACGGAUACACACCGCCACAACCGUUCUGGCAGGGGUGGGGGGGAAAACUGUUCUAGUGUCGGAGUCGGCUUCAUUGACGGUUUUUUGACUGUAGUCUUUGGUUACGCGAACCGCGAAGCUGCUGUCUACGUGGACCGGUGCUGAACUCUCCCGUCCGACCGCCAGGACCAAACCCAGAGACAUGGCCACGAACGGCACGAAAGCCUCCGAUGGACACGUUUUAACAGAGGUGAACGAAGCGCCCACCGCCAAUGACAAACCCAAAACACUGGUGGUGAAAGUUCAGAAGAAAAAGGAACUUCCUGACAGAGAAACAUGGCAGGGGAAAUUUGACUUUCUUUUGUCAUGUGUUGGCUAUGCGAUUGGACUUGGCAAUGUCUGGAGAUUUCCUUAUCUAUGCGGAAAAAACGGAGGAGGAGCCUUCUUGAUUCCUUACUUUUUGACCCUUAUAUUUGCUGGGGUCCCGUUGUUUCUUCUGGAAACUGCCCUUGGUCAAUAUACCUCCAUUGGUGGUCUUGGAGUGUGGAAACUGGCUCCAAUGUUCAAAGGUGUUGGCCUGGCAGCAGCAGUCCUGUCUUUCUGGCUUAACAUUUACUACAUCGUCAUAAUUGCCUGGGCAAUUUACUAUCUCUAUAAUUCAUUCACCACAGAGCUCCCAUGGAAAUCUUGUGACAACCCUUGGAAUACAGAAAAAUGUUUCUCAAACUACAGCAUGGCAAACACCGCCAACAUGACUAGUGCUGUCGUGGAGUUUUGGGAACGUAACAUGCAUCAAAUGACUGAUGGUUUGGAAAAGCCAGGAGAGAUAAGACUGCCACUAGCAAUAACACUGGCCAUUGCCUGGGUUCUGGUAUAUUUCUGCAUCUGGAAGGGUGUAGGCUGGACUGGAAAGGUAGUAUAUUUUUCAGCCACAUACCCCUACUUCAUGCUAUUUAUUCUUUUCAUCCGUGGAGUGACACUGCCUGGAGCGAAAGAGGGCAUUUUGUUCUAUAUCACGCCUGAGUUCAGCAAGCUGAAAGAAUCGGAGGUGUGGCUUGAUGCAGCCACUCAGAUCUUCUUCUCUUAUGGUCUGGGCCUGGGCUCUCUCAUUGCCCUUGGAAGCUACAACCCUCACAACAAUAACAUAUACAAAGAUUCUAUCAUCGUCUGCUGCAUCAAUUCCUUCACCAGUAUGUUUGCUGGAUUUGUAAUUUUCUCUAUCGUGGGCUUCAUGGCCCACAUCACACAACGGCCCAUAGCAGACGUGGCUGCAUCAGGGCCAGGGCUGGCAUUCUUGGCCUACCCAGAGGCAGUCACCCAGCUGCCAGUUUCACCACUUUGGGCAAUUCUGUUUUUCUCAAUGUUGCUUAUGCUUGGUAUUGACAGUCAGUUUUGUACGGUGGAGGGCUUCAUCACUGCUCUUGUGGAUGAGUUCCCAUACUUGCUGCGAGGAAGACGAGAGAUCUUCAUCGCUGUUGUCUGCCUUGUGUCUUAUUUGAUUGGCCUGUCAAACAUCACGCAGGGUGGCCUCUAUGUGUUCAAACUGUUUGACUACUACUCUGCUAGUGGAAUGUGUCUGCUGUUCUUGGUGUUCUUUGAAUGCAUCUCCAUUUCCUGGUUCUAUGGUGUCAAUAAAUUCUAUGGUAACAUUGAGGAGAUGAUUGGAUAUAAGCCGUGCAUUUGGUGGAAGCUGUGCUGGGUUGCAUUCACGCCUUUGAUUGUGGCGGGUGUGUUCCUCUUCAGUGCAUUUCAGAUGGUGCCGCUAAAAAUGAAUAAUUAUGUGUUCCCAAAAUGGGGACAAGGUGUAGGGUGGUGCAUGGCCCUGUCCUCCAUGGUUCUAAUCCCAGGAUACAUGGGCUAUAUGUUCCUCACUCUGAAGGGCUCAUACAAAGAGCGCCUUCGGACAAUGAUUCAGCCCACAACAGUGGUUCAGAGUCAAAAGAACGGGCCCGAACAGCAACCUGAAAACGCCACCCCAACCAAUGACGAGGCCUAUAUCUGAAGCCCCCUUCAUCCACCACGUAUUAUAAAAAGUCAGCAUUCAGAGAGAGAAUUAAAGAUUAAUCAUGGUUGAACACAACCAAUGACUUCCAUUUCUGAAAUAUUAUCACCUACCUCCUAGGGAAAUCCUACCUGAUUACAGUUGAUUAUUUUUUUUUUUUUUUUUUUGGAAACAUAUACAUUAUGCGAUCCAGAAAUCUAUAUGAUCAAAUCUAUCCAGCAAUGUUCUAGGCUUGAUCUGAUUUCAUAUGCAAGAUAUCAGUCUUUCUAAAAAAAAUAAAAAUAAAAAUAAAUAUAUGAUAAUAAUAAUAAUGAUAAAUAAAUUAAAAAGUUACCACAGGAUUACUUGUCAAUUCAAUGAUAAUUACACAUUUGGCAUCGAUAUGUAAUUCCAAAACCACUGUGUCAAUAUCAUUUUACAUUUAAAAAAUAUAUUACAAUUUAAAAAUACAACUGUAGAUAAGAAUCAAAUUGUA